UUUAAAGAAAAUAGCUGUGUCACUGACCUGAAAAUGACUUAGGGAUGUAGUUUAAUAGCCUUGUUGCAGAGAGGAAGUGGGGCUACAUAAGAAUAAAGUGGGUGAGGAUCAACACUGUUUAGGGUGUCUCAGUGAGAUGAAACACAUUUUUGUAGAACCUAUAUAGCUACAAUCAUUUGCUCUCCUGAAGGGGAUAGUUAUUCAGGCUCCAUGGCCUUUCAGGACCUCCUAGAGCAAGUUGGAAGCCUAGGGAGAUUCCAGACUGUUCAGAUGAUUUUUUGUAUCCUCUACAGUAUUACAGCAUCCAUUCAUAUAUCAUUGGAGAACUUCACUGGGGCCGUCCCUGAUCAUCGCUGCUGGGUCCACAUCCUUGACAAUGACACUGUCUCCGACUAUGACACUGAGUUCCUCACCAAAGAUGCCCUUCUGAGAAUCUCCAUCCCACUGGACCCAAACCUGAGGCCAGAAAAGUGCCGUCGCUUCACCCACCCACAGUGGCAGCUCCUUCAUCUGAACAAGACCUUUGCAAACAAGACUGAGCCAGACACUGAGCCUUGUGUGGAUGGCUGGGUGUAUGACCAAAGCACUUUCAUCUCCACCAUCGUGACUAAGUGGGACCUGGUAUGUGAAUCCCAGUCAUUGAGAUCAGUGUCUAAAUUCCUGUUUGUAGCUGGAAUGUUAGUGGGAAACGUCCUAUGUGGUCAUUUAACAGACAGAUUUGGGAGAAAGUUACUUCUCACAUGUUGUUUACUCCAAAUGGCCAUCACUAACACUUGUGCUGCCUUUGCUCCCACAUUUCUUGUUUACUGCCUACUGCGCUUCUUGGCUGGUAUUUGUACCUCAGUCAUCGCAACCAAUAGUACUAUGCUCGUAUUAGAGUGGACGGUACCCAAAUAUCAAGUCAUGAAAGUGAUGCUACUAAAUGCUGCUGCUAAUAUUGGAUACAUACUUAUGGCAAGCUUUGCUUUUGCUUUUCGAAACUGGUUCACACUUCAGCUGAUAUUGUCUGUACCUUUAUUUUUGUUUUUUAUAUCCUCAAGGUGGAUUUCAGAGUCUGCUCGGUGGCUGAUUAUUGUCAACAAACCUAAGAAAGCCUUAAAGGAACUUAAAAAAGUUGCACAUAUGAAUGGAAAGAAGAACAUUAGAGAGACCCUGACCAUGGAGGUUUUGAGAUCUGCCAUGAAAGAGGAGCUGGAGGAAGCACAGAAAAAACUUUCUCUGUGUGAUAUGUUCCAGUCACCUAGCCUGUGUAAACGCAUGUGGCUCAUGUCCUUUGUGAGAUUUGCAGUAUGGAUGCCCACUUUUGGCCUGAUUCUCCACCUCCAGCAGCUUGGGGAUAACAUCUUCUUGUUGCAGUGUCUCGUUGGAAUAGCCAACAUCAUAGCAAUUUAUAUUACUUUUUGGACACUGAAUCAUUUUGGUCGUCGAAUAAGUCAACUCUUUUUCAUGUCUACAGUGGGAAUCUUACUUCUGGCAUUCAUAUUUGUGACGAAAGAAAUGCAGACUCCACGUUUCAUUUUGACAAUUUUGGGAACAGCAUUUUCUGGCGCCUCUGUUACCAGUGCUCUUACCCAUGCAAAUGAACUACUCCCCACCAUAAUCAGGGCAACAGUUUUAGGACUCAACGGAAUUGCUGGUAGUAUUGGGGCAUCACUGGCUCCCCUGUUGAUGGUCCUAGUGACAUAUUAUCCACCCUUGCCCUGGAUCAUCUAUGGUGUUUUUUCCAUCCUUGCCGGCUUUGUCACCCUCCUUCUUCCUGAAACCAGGAAUCAGCCUCUGCCAGACUCUAUCCAAGACAUAGAAAAUAAGAAAUGAUGCUCAAAGUGAAAAUCAGAACUCCUCCAAAGUGAGCUGCAGCUAUUCUCAGUGACAAGGUCCCAAGCUCCUCUGAUAAAAGCCAAGUUCGUAUAUGGGAGCCAGCAAGACAAGCUCUUCCAGGAGAAUCAAUGGCUCCAAACAACACUUAGGAGAGCCCACAAUGCUUCUCUCCUGCUCUCUAGGUCUCCUCUUUAUGCUGGCAACAGUUCUCAGGUGAGCCAUCCAUGCUCAGUACUAUGCUGAUUCAGUUCAACUAGUGUUUAAGUUGACAACCAGUUACCAAUGCACUACAAGUGUAAAAUAAAAUACAGACAAUAGGAAAUGGUUAAAUGGAUGUUUAGCAUAUGGGAAGAGAACUAUGGGAGAGGAGAGGGAAGGGAAGAAAAUGAGAUUUUUUUAAAAGAGAAUAAAAAGGAAAGAUAAAGAAGAGACAUGUACAUGCACUGUGACCUUACAAGGUAUGUGAUCAUCAUGUAUUACAAAUAUUUAUAUUUUAAUUUUUUAUUUCAAAAAGGAUAAAACAAAACAAAACAAAGCAUAUCAGAACAGAUCAACAGUGACUACCAUAAUGUCUCUAGUUUCCUUCAGAAUAGUUGUCCAUAUCUUCACAUACAAUGAAUUCAAACAAAACAAAAUAGUAUAAAACUGAUCAGAAGAAUGAAAACAUUACAGGCCUUCAAAACCAGACAAUAAGAAAAUCAACAGUGGCUACCAUAAUGUAUCUUAUUCUUUUCAAAAUAACUGUCCAUAACUUCAUAUAUAUUGAAAGUAAACAGUACAAAACAAACUAAAACCAUUCUAAACAAAGAAUAAAUUUAUUACUGGAUUUCACAGCAUGAUGAUAGGAAAUCAGCAAUGGAUACCAUAAUGUCUCUUAUUCUUCAAAGUAGCUGUUCAUAUUUGAGAGGGAAAAAAAGUGCUCUAAAGGAUACAACUGCAAGUGUGUUUAGGGGUGUUAAAUAGCUGACCAUAUUAAUGUUUUUGGUUGGAUCAUUGAACACAACUGUUUGCAGUCUCACUGUUUGAAUGUCCACUUUGUAUGCUUUGAUACUAUGCCUUGAGCAACUAUCUCUAACAUGAUAAUGUGUAAUCUAUUAACUGGUGAUUUCUUACUGGGUUUUCUUUUGUAGUUUUGUAUUACUUGUACCCUUACACUGCUUUGUUUUGGUUUUUUCUCUUUUUCCUUUUAAAUAAAAUUUUUAAAAAAACAAAGUAGCUGUUCAUAUCAUCAUGCAUAAUGCAAUCAAUUAUUGUAAAUUCUUUAGAAGUUCAAGUAUGUUUAAGCCUCUACAUAUACAUCUAUCCUUUCUAUAAUAGAGGGAAAAACAAAACAAAACAAA